UGCUUCCGUAGGAGGGCCGAUUUAUUAUCGGAAGCGUUCAUCGCCGAGGUCGCAAACGAGAGUGAUUGUCUUGCUGUAACUGACGGUUGGUGCUCUUAUCUCUCGUACACGGCACUCUUACGGACUGCUGUCGCGGUGUAUAUCCCAGCGCACUUCAAUCGAAGCCGUUGACAGAACGGUGGGAAUAGGGCGGACUUGAGCUCGGACAGUUACAGCAAGAACAACAUGACUGACGGGCAAAACCAAAAGGGCCCCCAGCAAGCACCGCGUGGCCCGGCCACAGUGAUAGAGGACAAUGUCGUGCGUACCACUGCUCCAGAGCCUCCUAUUCCCGACUGUGACUUCCCCACGUGCCUGCGGAACUCAUGGAAGGAGUUUGCCGACCGAACUGCGCUGAUCGAGAAUAGCACGGACGAGAAGUGCACCUAUGGAGAACUGGAAGAGCAGUGUUCCCGCGUCGCCGCCGGCCUGCGCUGCCUGGGCUUCGGACCGGGAGACAUGGCGGGGUUCCACUGCGCCACCAGUUUGGACGCCAUCGUCGCUUUCUACGGUGUUGUGCUCGCAGGAGGCCGCGUCGUGUUCGCAAAGCCCAACCUUUCGCAGCGCGAGUGCUGCUACCAGUUCCAAGAUUCCAGCCCCAGCGUUGUGUUUUGUGACGAAGACAAUGUGGACAAAGUUGUCGCUGCCCAGAAGGAGAUCCCGUCCAUCAAGACGCUGGUGGUGUUCGGCAGCCACGCCGGGGCGCAUCCGUUCGCGUCGCUGCGAAAGACAGCGCUGUCGGAGCGCCAGGCACCGCCGGCUGCUGCGGACCCCGGCAGCUUGCUGUUCGUCCUGUAUUCGAGUGGCACCACAGGCAAGCCCAAGGGAGUCAUGAUCUCGCACAGGAACGUCGUCGCCCAAUACAUCUCGGCGGGGGCAGGACCGAAAAACCCUCGCCCAGGUCGUCACAUGGGCACGGCUCCUUUCUCUCACGCGUCAGGGAUACUCAUGUUGAACAGCGUCCUCAGUCGAGGAGACACGCUGGUCGUCUCAGACUGCCCAGAUCCAAAUGUGCUCAUCCCUGCCAUCGCUAAGCAUAAGGUUUCAUUCUUGCUUCAGUUUCCAACAUACUUGAGAAUAAUGCUCAAAAGUCCACUGCUAGAGGAGUACGACUUGAGCAGCCUGAUGAUGGUUAGUUUAGCUGGAAGCACAGCGCCGCCAGACUUAGUAGCUGAGGCCCGGACCAAGCUAAAGGUCUUUGCGGUCGGGCAAGGCUAUGGGCUGACGGAGAGCUUCGGCGCUGGAACCUACUCUCUUGGAGUAAGCGUUGGUAGCGACUGCAUCGGGGCGCCUAACUUCAUGUCUAGCCUCAAAGUCGUGGACAUGAGCACAGGAGAAAAACUUGGACCUGGUCAGCGUGGAGAAAUUCGCAUUAAGAGCCCGUGCUGCGCUAUGGGAUAUCUGAACAACAAUCAAGCCACCGCGGAACUCUACGACGAGGAGGGAUUUUUAAAAACAGGUGACGUGGGCUACUACAGCGACCAAGGCCUAUUCUACAUCACGGACCGCAUGAAGGACCUGAUCAAGUGCAUGGAUCAGCAGGUGCCUCCCGCCGAGCUCGAAGGGCUACUGCGGCAGCACGGGGCUGUUCACGACGUUGCCGUGGUCGGUGUGCCACACGACGAAUACGGCGAGGCGGCGAGAGCUUUCGUCAUGCUGAACGAAGGCCACGAGCCAAGCGAGACGCUCAAGGAUGCCCUCUUGAACAUUGUGGCUGAUCAGGCAAGCUACCAGAAGCAUCUGCACGGUGGACUUGAAUUUGUCAGCAGCAUUCCGAAGUCCUUCACGGGCAAGCCACUACGUGCCGCUUUGCGGGACACCUACGCGAAACGCCCGCAGGCAUCGCAGUAGGAAACUACGACGCGGUCAUCCAACGUUGUCCAAGAGCUCGUGUAUCAAGACGCCACCUGCCAGUUCAGGGCCAGCAAGUGUAACGGCAUGGACGCUGUCGGUGGCCUUCCAGCACUCGACGUCUGAUCGCUUCACCACAGAAACCUUUCGUCUACGAGCGCCUUCUUCACCAGGUUCCGUCGGCUAAGAUAUCGUCGCAGGCCUUCCAGCAUCUGUAAUAAAACAACUGGCGUUACUGGAGACAAAUAUAUAAUCUUUGACAUUUCAAA